AUGACGAUCAAGGAGAACGUAGAAGAGGAGGAGGCUCCUCUCAGCCCGAUGGCGCGUCUAAUGCAAAUGCCAAACAUAGACAGUUGCAUAAUCGCGAUGAUCGGUUUCAAAACCAAGAUUAAUCUUGACCUUAUUCUAGAUGACUUGAAGCAUAACGUUUCCAAGCAUCCUCGUUUCUGUAGUAAACCGUCAGAUGAUGGUGCAACAUGGAUUAAGACCAAAGUAAAUGUAGAAGACCAUGUAUAUGCACCAGAGAUAGAUCCACAAGAGACCAACGAAGAUGGACAAGCGUUCGUAGAUGACUACAUCUCAGGGCUAACGAUGAUUCCUCUCGAUAGAUCAAGACCAAUGUGGGAUAUUCAUAUCCUCAAUGUCAAAACAUCUGAUGCAGAAGCGGUCGGUGUAGUGAGAUGUCACCAUUCUUUGGGAGAUGGAGUGUCCUUAAUGUCUCUCUUGGUGGCGUGUACCCGAAAAACAUCAGAUCCUGAGGCAUUCCCUACCAUUCCUACCAUAAAACGGCGUGAACCGUAUCACCUUAGAAACGAAGGCAACUUCUUAAGGUCAAUGUUCGUGAUUCAUUCGUAUGUGAUAUUGAUUUGGAAUACCAUUGUAGAUUUUAUACAGCGCUUGGCGUGUGGAUUGUUCUUGAAGGAUACAGAGAUACCUCUUAGACAAGGUGAUCACAUCAAGAAUAAUCUAGAUAGGUUUUAUCACCGAACUGUCUCAUUGGAUGAUAUUAGGCUUAUAAAAAACGCUAUGAACAUGACUAUCAAUGAUGUUCUACUUGGAGUUACACAAGCCGCUCUUUCCCGCUAUCUGAAUGGACGAUACGGUGGAACAUCAACAUCGGAUCAGAACAAUCUUCCAGGUAGAAUACGACAUGGAGUGACUAUUCCUGUAAAUUUAAGGCAGGAGACCGGAAUCCAGCCUGUGGCGAAUAUGUUGGCCAAGGAUUCGCAAUGCAGAUGGGGAAACUACGUCAGCUCACUUCAUUUUCCGAUGUCCAUUAGUUUAAAAACCGAUCCAUUAGUUAAUCUAUCAAAGACUAAAUCCAUAAUGGAUCGAAAGAAGCACUCUCUUUUGGCUUCUCUGCUUUAUUCAAGUCAAGAGUUCAUCAUCAAUACUUUUGGACCUAAGGUAGGAGAAGUAAUCGUCGAACGACCACGAUCCAACACAACCACGUUCGUUUCAAACAUUGUUGGCCCCGUGGAAGAUGUAAGUUUACACGGCAAUCAGAUCGCUUACAUCGCUUUAAGCUGCUAUGGAAACGGACCAAAAGGAUUGUUGAUACAUUUCAUAAGUUAUGCGGAGAAGUUGAUUAUUUCGAUCCGGGUGGAUCCAACAGUCAUACCAGAUCCUCACCAUCUUUGUGAUGAAAUGGAAGAGUCUUUGAAAGCUAUAAAAGAUGCUCUUUCUCGUCGAUCAAAUCACUGA